AUGGGUGUGUCGAGGAGGCAGCUGCGGCUAGGCCUGGGCAUCUGCAUGUGCGCCUUGUACCUGACGUCAGCCUUUGAAAUCCCACUGGAAGUCGAGCAGCUGCCCACCAUCACAGACCAGUCUCCCAGCUCUCUCAUCGCUUUCCCUUUUGAUGAGAGCUUUUCCGUCACAUGCGAUGCCAAAGGAAAUCCUGCGCCAGAAUUCAGAUGGACAAAGAAUGGGCAAGAAUUCGACCCUUUUCAAGACCCCCGGCUCAUGAAAGAGGAGAAUUCUGGGACUUUUGUUAUACCCAAUAAUGGAAACCUUACAGAGUACCAGGGCACGUACCGAUGCUUUGCCUCCAACAAGCUCGGGACGGCCAUAUCAACAGAGAUUGAAUUCAUUGUACCUCAUGUCCCAAAGUUUCCUAAAGAAACUAUUGAUCCUGUAAAAGUGGAUGAAGGACAAGCGUUUGUGUUAAAAUGUGAGCCGCCCAAAGGAAUCCCUCCUCUGCAGAUCUACUGGAUGACAAUCAAUCUCCAGCACAUAGAGCAGGAUGAGCGAGUGUCCAUGGGUCUGAAUGGAGACCUGUACUUUGCUCACGCGGAGGAGAAGGACAGCAGAAGAGACUACUGCUGCUUCGCCGCCUUCCCCAGGAUCCGCACCAUCGUUCAGAAAACCGCCAUGUCGGUCAACGUCCAGACAAAUAAAGCAAAAAGUGGCUUAUUUCCAGACUCAGCAAAUGCCAUCCGUGAGAGAAGGCCCUCUCUUCUGACGCCCUCUGGUGCCCGAUCAGAAAUUGUGCUGGUCAAAGGAGAGGACCUUAAUUUAGAGUGCAUUGCUGAAGGAUUUCCAACUCCACAGGUUGAGUGGUUUAAAAUUGGUGAGGAACUUCCUGAAAAAGCCUCAGUGGAGAAUCAUGGGAAGCUGCUGGUGGUCUCCAGUGCAGAGCAGGAGGACAGUGGAAAGUACAUGUGCAAGGCCAAGAACGGACUGGGAGAGACUCAACAUUACUUCACCGUCAUAGUAGAAGAGCCUCCAGAAUGGGUGUCAGAGCCGGAGAGUCAGCUCAGUAUGGUCGGCUCAGACGUGAUCUUGAAGUGUUCGGCCAGAGGGACCCCUCACCCCUCUGUCACAUGGAGAGUCAACGGAGAACCUCUCACUGGUUCCCCAAUACCCAACAGAAGAGUUCUGGGCGACACAAUAGUUCUUCACAACACUAAGGAGGCUGACAGUGCGGUGUACCAGUGCGAGGCAUCCAACAAACACGGAACCUUAUUGGUCAACGCAAACAUCAUGAUUAUGAGAGAGACCAAUGUGCAGAUGGGUUGGCUCAUUCCCACUAUUACUCUUCUCAAGACUAAACUACAACACCUUCGACUCUCCUCCAAGUGCUGUGUGCCGCUCAUAGAUGCUCUUCAAUCUGGACUUCAGAAGCGCUUUGGUGAGAUGCUCAAGGAUCCUGAGCUCAUUGCAGCUUCCAUUCUGGUGCCCAAAUUCAGAAGAUGCUGGACCACAGAUGAGGGCCUUCUACAACUCGGCCUUGACUACAUCAAAAGCCAUCUCAAAGAGCUACCUGUGACUGUCAAUCUGCCUCCCUUGGUCCUGACCAAUGAGGGAGAAGAGUACUCAGCUGUGGAGGGGAAGGGGGUCACCAUGCACUGCAGCGUCUUCAGCUCUCCUCCGUCCACCAUCACCUGGAGCAGAGACGACUCCUUCGAACCCGUGCAAGGCCCUCGAUUCUACACCCACGACAACGGCUCUUUGGAAAUCUACGAAACGGACAAAGAUGACGGGGGACAGUACACGUGCUACGCCAAGAACAUCGAGGGAUCUUCCGCUAUUGACGCCAAACUAUAUGUAAAAGAUCCCACAAGAAUAGUGGUGGGCCCAGAGGAGAAGCAGAUCUUAAUAGGUACCUCUGCAGAGCUCUCAUGCCUGGCAGAGUACGACAAGUCCUUCAGCAAUGACUUUGAGCUCCUGUGGGAAAAAGAUGAUAUGGAGAUCGGACUGAACUACACUGAGAAUCCAAGAUACUUAGCGGAGGAGGGAGUUCUUCAUAUCAUCAAUGUGAGCCACGAGGACCAGGGCCUGUACAGAUGCGUGGCCAGGACGCCGCUCGACCAGGCCGCGGCAUCGGCCUGGCUCACGGUCUUAGACGUCCCUGAUGCACCAGCGAGCUUGGUCCUGUCUGAACACAACGGGAGAAGUGUGAAACUCAAAUGGAUCCCAGGGGACGAGCACAACAGCUCCACAACAGAGUUUAUUAUCCAGUUUGAAGAGAGCCAGUGGGAGCCAGGGAAGUGGAAGGAGCUGCUUCGAGUACCCGGGAAUCUUCACUCCGCUCUGCUGAAGCUCCACGGUCACGUCGACUACCGCUUCAGAGUGGCGGGUGUGAACGAGGUCGGGAGGGGCGCCUACAGCGAACCCACCGAGAGAUACAAAACACAAGCUACAGCACCUGACAAGAACCCUAAAGCUAUCAAAAUCGAAGGCCAUUUGCCACAUGAAAUGGAUAUCAACUGGGAGCCUUUAUUGCCCAUAGAACACAAUGGUCCCGGAUUGGAGUACAAGGUGAGCUAUAGGCGGCAGGAUAUUCAGGAGGACUGGCACGAGCAGAUGGUGAAACGCCACUCCUUUGUGGUGAAGAAUACUCCCACGUUUGUCCCGUACGAAAUCAAGAUCCAAGCCAAGAACAACCAGGGCUGGGGACCGGAGCCCAAGAUCGUGAGGGGAUAUUCUGGAGAGGACUUUCCCUCCGCUGCUCCGGACAACGUUGGCGUAGAGGUGAUGAACGGCUCCACGGUGAAUGUGAGCUGGGCGCCGGUGCACAAGGACAAGUUACACGGACAUCUGGGCGGCUACAGGAUCAACUGGUGGCGUCUGCGCAGUCUGGUCGACUCAAAGAAACAACACGGUGACAAACACUCGCUGAACGUCCCCGGGGAGCACACUCACGCCACAGUGCGCGGCCUCGUCCCCUUCUCCGAGUACAGCCUCAUCCUCAUGACCUUCAACGGCAGAGGCAGCGGACCCGGCAGCCACCCUGUCAACUUCAAGACCCCAGAGGGAGUGCCCGAGCAGAAUCCGGUCUUCAGGGUCAUGGGUGUACAGCGGCACAGUGUGACUUUGACCUGGGCCCCGCCGCUGGAGCCAAAUGGGAUUCUCACGGGAUACCUCCUGGAGUAUCAGCUCGUAAACAAUACAGAAGAAGUCGGCCCACUGCAGAGAGUCGAUAUCAGCAACCCAGACACCACCAAAUGGCUCUUGCGAGACUUGGAGGCCGUGAGCAAAUACAAGUUGUACCUGCGCUCGUGCACCACCAUGGGCUGCGGCCCCGUCGUCAGCGAGGAGUGCACCACGGCUCUGGAGGAAAGUCUGGCCAGUAUUCAUGGAGGAAUCUCGACUCAGGGCUGGUUCAUCGGCCUCAUGUGUGCCAUUGCUCUCCUCACCCUCAUUGUCCUGGUCGCCUGCUUUGUCAACAGAAAUAGAGGCGGCAAAUAUUCCGUGAAAGAAAAAGAAGACCUUCACCCAGACGUGGAGUCCCAGGGCAUGAAUGAUGACACUUUCUGUGAAUACAGUGACAACGAUGAGAAGCCGCUGAAGGGCAGCCAGCGCUCACUGUGCGGGGACCUGAAGGCCGGGGACAGCGGGGACAGUCUCGUGGACUACGGGGACGAGGAGGCGCAGUUCAACGAGGACGGCUCCUUCAUCGGGGAGUACGCCGGCCGCAAAGAGAAGAGAGUCUCCGCUGAGGUCAAGUCCAGCGCUCAGACCCCAGCGUGA